AUGCGCCCCACCGGUUUUGAUUUCACUUCCGUUCGUGCCACAGCAUCUCUCCGUGACGAGUUUCUGAGAUCCAAUCUUCCACUCAAGGUGAAUCCCAGGAUAAUCAUGGAGCUCUAUAGUGAUGUUACGCCCAAGACAGCUGAGAACUUCCGCGCUCUGUGUACUGGCGAGAAGAGCCGACCUGGGAAGCUUCUUCACUUCAAGGGCUCCACCUUCCAUCGUGUCAUUCCUAACUUCAUGUGCCAGGGAGGUGACUUCACACAACAUAACGGUACCGGAGGAGAGAGCAUCUAUGGUGAGACGUUUCCGGAUGAGAACUUCGUUAAGAAGCACACCGGACCUGGUAUUCUCUCCAUGGCAAACGCUGGCCCAAAUACCAAUGGUUCCCAGUUCUUCCUUUGCACGGUGUCGACCCCCUGGCUUGAUGGCAAGCACGUGGUUUUCGGUAGUGUUGUUGAGGGAAUGAACGUUGUCAAGGCAAUCGAAGCUGUUGGCACAGCCAGCGGUUCUACAAGGAAACCUGUGGUCGUUGCUGACAGUGGACAGCUCAGCUGA